CGUGCAAACACACACACACCUACACUCACACACGCGCACACACAUACACAUAUUUCUGCAUCCCUCUAUUUUUUUAUGCACCGGGAACCGAGCGCUUUAUAAGCGUUCGUGGAUUAUGAUGCCAGUUUUUAUAACGGCGAAAUAUUGGCCUCUCCUUCGGCUCCAACUGUGAUUACCACUAUAUCGCGUGUUUUAUUUUAUUUUAAUUUUUCAGAUUUAUUUCUAAUUUGGUUCCCCGUUACUUCUGAGCACCGAGAGACCGCUGAGACGCCAAGCUUACGUUCAAUGCCGUUGGAACAUGUCCUAUGUUCCCUUUCAAGAUGCAAGGUGUGCCGUCCCCCCCUCCUAUCAUCACCAUCAUCGCACCCACGCCCACUCCUUCCACGCUCCCUCUUACGACCGUCCCGCCCACGAACGUCCCUCCUUCGACCGUCCCACCUACGACCGUCCCUCCUUCAACCGUCCUUCGUACGACCGUCCUUCCUACGACCGUCCUUCCUACGACCGUCCUUCCUUCGACCGUCCUUCCUUCGACCGUCCCUCCUUCGACCGUCCCUCCUACAACCUUUCCCCGCACGAGCGCCCCAUCUACGACCGCCCUCCACAAGACCGUCCACCCCAAGACCGCUGGAACCCCCAUCUCCGUGUGAACACCGGAAAUCAGAUCUACAUGUUGGACCAGGAAGAGGUACACCCUUUGCUGAUGCGCGAGAGGCGCUCAGAGUCUCACAGGAACAAGCUACUGCGGCGGACAGUCAGCGUUCCUGUUGAGGGAAGGCACCAUCCCGAGAUGGUCUCUCUGGGCCCUCUACAAAUGUCCCGCUCAGUUUCUCCCUCUUCCUUCACCCUCCACCUCUCCGUCUCACUCAGCUAUUUUAAGGGCCUCCCCUGCGACGUCCUCCGUCUAUGA